AUGACACAUGAUGCAACAUCCAGUCAGUAUAUGUUUUGAUGUCAUUAAAUUAUGGUUAAGUAUGCCAAUUUCAAAUAAAGAGACCAGCUAAAAUUUACCAGCAGGGUUAAGAUACUACAUGAGUCCAUCUUUACAUAAGGUGAUGAAUGGGUGGAGGUGUAGAUGGGUGGUGCAAUGUUUUUUCACCAAAGUGAGAAUUAAAAGUGAUUUUCAAAUUUAAGGCCAGAGUAGCCAAACUGAAAGUGAUUCUGACAGAUUUUUUUUUCAGAUCAGCUAUUUUGGCCUUCAAUUAAAACUCACCUUAAACUCACUUUGAAUUUUCACUUUAGUUAAAACCCCUGAUACUCCCUAUUGUCUUUAUUAGGAGUCCAAGAUGUCUGUGCUAACCUAAGUACUAGAAAUGUAUUAACAAUAUUUUCCGAAGGUGUUUUCCAAUUUCACAACCAACAUCGUCAAUUUGUGCACCCAUAAGGACGUUGAUAUACAGUUAAUCAUGUCAUUGUGGUUCCACAUGGAUGAUGUAUAUGAACUGUGGAAUACCUAUGAAACUCCAAUUUGUGCAUGGUUAUUUUGGGUGUUCACUGGCGGCUUGUCCCUGGUUCCAUUCCAUAGUCUUUACGUUAUUUUUCCUCUUGGCUCAAGUUUUGUUUGACAAAAAUGAUCCUGGCUUUAAUUUCUAGGUUAUACCUUACUAAUGUUUACAUAUCAUGGAUUAUUUUCCCUUUUAGGUCAGCCCAUAUAAUUGCAAUGACUGUAUGGGAUUUUAUCUUAGUCUGGUUUUCCGGGGCAGUGAUGUACUAAAUGAAGAUUAAAAUUGAAAAACCUCAAUGUCUUGCUUUUCCAGCACAAGUAACUAUCUUUAUAUUUUUUCAGGUGGCGUCAACCAUACAAACCGACAACGAAUUUUUAUUGUCAUUACCAUUUUGUUUGGAACUGUAAUUAUCUGUAUUGUAAGUCUUUAAAUUUUGAGCAUUGGAUAUUUUGGAUAUUAAUUAUUGGGGAGAAGUGAAACUGUUAGAAAGAUUAGUUAAUGGGGGGAUGUAGCCACUAGUCAGCAUUCCAUGAGUAAAGGCUUUUAAAAAAGCAGAAUAGUUGCUAUGUUUAGCCCCAGAUCAUAACACUUAAUGGUGAGAUCUGGAGAAUAUUAGUGUUGUUUUAAAAUUGUCAGUUUUAUAUCAGACAGCUUCUUAAAGAAGCCGCAUAUUUUAUUUAUAUAUAUAUAUAUAUAUAUAUAUAUAUAGAACAUAAUAAUGGCACUCACCCUUGCUUCAAAGAAGUAAUAAUCACUUUGCCCCGGUGCAGACCUAUGCUGAUAAAUAGUAUAAUUGAAAAAGGAUGCACUCAGAGGUCUUUUUAGAAAAAAUAUAGUGUUAUUUAAUCCAUAUAAGGUUUACAAAUGACUUGAUCAAGUCAUUUGUAAACCUUAUAUGGAUUAAAUAACACUAUAUUUUUUCUAAAAAGACCUCUGAGUGCAUCCUUUUUCAAUUAUACUAUAUAUAUAUAUAUAUAUAUAUAUAUAUAUAAAGAAAAUGUUUUAAUGCCCACCAGGUGGCUGUCAGGUUUAAUGGCAAAUUUAUUUAGUUUUAGUCAUAGUCUUUUGACUAAAAAGCCAUUUUAGUUUUAGUCAUAUUUUAGUCAUCUGAAUUGUUUUAGUUUUAGUCGACUAAAUCUCCAGUAGACUAAAGAAAUAUCUAAUGGGUUUAGUUAAAUCACCUGUCUCUUUUGCCCCAUCCCUAGCCUCACCGUGUCUCUUUGUAUACCGUUUUCCAGCAUUCCUAGGAAUAGGACACUGAUUGGUUAGAUCAGUGUCCCCCCCGGAGUGAGUGUGGAAAGUAUAAGAAAGAAUAAUUUAGCUUUUUUAUACAAAGUGCUUCAUUAGAUAGUGCGUGAGCUUACAAUCUAAAAGUUAUAAUGGAGAUUUGAGACAUGGAAAUUUGAAAAGUGAUGGUGAUUUUGGAAGUGAUUUUGGAGAAAAUUAAAGGACAGUAACAGCUACUGGUAAAAUGGAAUGGAAUGAGGAGGUAAUUGAGUAAGAUCUUAAACAGCUGGAGCAGCAUGGUAUGCAUUUUGUAGAAAAGUGGAUGAGUGAGAGGAGGGGCAGGCAGGUGGGAGGUGCUUAUUACACAAUUGAAAAGUUUACCAUCUUUUAAGGGAACUGUCACUUUUAUGGCAUUUGCGUCAUUGAAAAAAACAUUGCAAAUCACCUAACCUAUUACUUUUGUUAACCAUUUUUUUUUUUAUCACAUUAUAUCAAAAUCUAGUUAAGACAAGGCAAAGCCGGGGCAAGCAUUGCAAAUAUAGUAACAGAAAUAUUACUUAAUCAAGCUACUUUUCCAUAUGCUCUCUCCACAAUGAUUGACAGGAAGCUAAGAUGGAGGCAUCCGGUGCUAUGAUAAAGCAGUGUGGAUUUUUAAAAUGUAAUUUAAUUUUUCACAUAUCACAAAAUAUAUAUUUGUAAAACAUAAUAUAAAAAAUUCCAUGGAAGUUACAGUACCCAUUUAAUAUCUGAGACCCAGUCUGCAGCUUAUUUAGUAUGAUGAGCUAGGCAAGUCUAUUACUUUUAAACCCCCAAAAUUUAGGUCUGAAAUCGAAAAUACAAAUGUACACCUUGACUCUUUAAAUACAGAUAAGUAUUAACUACUGGCUUUCUAUGUGGAGUGUAGUGUUUGAAUUUACUGGAAAAUUUGUAUGAUUCGGUAUUUUGUAUCGUAUCUAGACAUGUGCAUUCAUGUUCGUACGAAUACGAUUUUGAGUUUGGUUCGUAUUCGUUUACUAAAAUGUAAACGAAAGCCCUACAUUCGAAAUAUACAUACGAAAUAUAAACGAAAUGAAAGGGCAAAUGCUGAAUGCAUUACCUUUUCAUUUUGUUUGUUUUGUUCGUUUAAUAGACUCCGUGCUGCAGGGGCAUUAACCCCCACAGCAUGGAGAAAUAACACUGCGCAUGCGUGAAAAAAAAAGUUACCGCCUUGUAAUAAUAUUAAUUCCUACACCCCCUCAAACCCUGCAUUAAAACAUGCGGGGGUUACUGUGACCCCCAUAUUAAUAAAAGGGGGGUUAAAUCCUCCCACAUGGCCCUACUUGCAGCAUUCCCACUAUCAUUUAACACUAAAUAUAAAUCAGUAUGGGGGUUACUACGGCCCCCAUAUUGAUAAAAGGGAGGUUAAUUUUUUUUCAUGAAUUUUGUUAGAAAACAAAUGCUUUACAAACAAAAUUCGGGAUUGACGAAUAAAAUUUUUAUUUAGUACAGAAUCAUUCAUACAAAACAAAGAUUUCACUAGUGCACAUGUCUAAUCGUAUUCUUUGAUAGUGAAUUUAAAAUGGUUGUUAGGACUGCAGGGGGGGAUUAUUUUAUUAACAAGAUAGUAUAUACUUCUUCUCAAAAUGUUCCAUUCUAAUUUUGUCUCCACCUUCAUUAGAUCCUGAAAUAUGUCUUCAAAAAGAAACCUUACCUUAACAGGGGAUAUCAUCAAGAUGACAAGGUAAAACCUACCUUAUACUAGAUAUAUAUGUACUUCACAUCUUAGCCCAACCACACGACCCUCAACAGGCUGGACCUUGAAGUUUCCAUUCAAUGUGGUGAAUCAGGGUUGAUCAUUUUUCUAUUUGGUCCUAUGAUGGCUUGAUGUAGGUCAUUGGAUCAACAACAACUUUUUGUUCUCCUUGAUGGAAUAAUGAUAUGCUUUGUCACUACAAAGGAUUGUUCCACUAAUUCCGCUAUUGUAUUACAGUUUAGGGUUAUCUUUGGAGAGAUUGUCCUAGAUGUAUACUAACAACUUGGAAUAAAAUGUCGGGAGAAUUCACAGCUGUACAUUUGCUGCUGCAUAUUUCACUAUUAGAAAACAUAUCUGUGCAUUGGGAUUAUUUACGAAGUGAGAAUUCCAAGUCAAUUCCAGGUGAAUUCCAAAUGCAAGGCUAGCGUAGCUAAACUGGAAUCAUAGCUGACUUUUUCCAUUUCAGCUAGUUUGGCCUUAAAUUUGCUUUAAAAUCUCACUUUAGUGAAUAACCUUGUAUGUAUCUAAUUUUGUUCCUUUUAGGAGGUGCUUACAUUUAUUUAUUCAGAUCGGAUAUGGAUUUAUCCUAACACCCAAAGCCAGAUUUACAUCAUCAGCACCUGGAGGCACAGAAUCCUCAAGCCCCCCCAAAUCCUCUAUUUCCAGACUAAUGAAAAGAAAUAUUAACCCUACACUAUUCCACCCAAAUGAUGAGCAUAAUCCAGUCCAAAAUUAAAUAAAAAGUAAAAUGAGGAGGGAUAGUUUAUGAUCACCAGUUAGGUAAUAUACCCCUAUUACUUACAUAUUGAGUGCUUAAUCUUUUCGUUAUGAUAUAUCUUAGAAUGUACAGAAAUAGGCUGUAUCUGCCAUUGGGAUCAAUGUCAGUAAAGCAUUCUUAUCUAUGUUAUUCUUAUCUUUAUACACUGUUUAAAUAUGCCAAUAUGGACAAUAGUUAACUAAUAGAUAAUAACUAACGGAAUAUGGUUAUAUUAUCUAAAUCUCCCAUUCUCCUCCUGCUCCUCUCCCUUUUUGUUUCAUUUUUGGCUUUGGAUUUGUAGGAGUAUGUAUAGUACUUUGUGUAGUUGCGUGUGUGAGGGGUGAAUCCAGUGGUGUAUCCUGGUUUUGUGCUGCCCUAGGCACAAAUCUUUCUUUGUACUCUUUUCACUACAGCUAUCAAGAUGUUAAUGGUAGAAAUGUGGAAUCUGUUGACAAGUAAGAUAUAUUUUGCUAUCAAUUUUGGAGGCCCAUUUUCUGUCAGGGCUUUGCUGUGAAAUAUAAAACCUUAAAGAAACAGUAUAGGGUCAGGAAACAAAAAUGUAUUCCUGACCCUAUAGCAGUGAUGGCGAACCUUUUUGAGCCCUGUGGCAAACCUAGUCACUUCAGACUAUUCUUUUAUAUUUCUAAGGGUUGUCCUAGAAAAGCUGGUUAACUUAUGUGAUUUUGUGUAUUCGCUUAUAAAUGUGAUAGAGGGCAUUCGUAUGCUAGUGGCACGAAAGCCGUUAGCCUUCAUAUGGUAGUUUCACGAAGAGUGACUUUCAACACUGUUCGUGAAACGAGCAAAGUACCGAAUGGGAGCCCACACACAGGGGGUUGUGUGGCUCCCAUUAACCGACUGCAACAUUGUAUCUAUUGGCUGCUAAUUGAUUCCCAGGGUGGCUGUCGUUCAGAUACCGACCACGCGGCGGCGGCCAUCUUGGAUUCCCUUUUAGCCCAGUGGUGUUUGGUCGUCAAGUGCCUGGAACUAAAAUUGGCUACUCGACGGUACGAACACAGCUGGACUUCCAGGCCGUUCGAGAGCGCCGGCCUUUUGGUACUUUCUCCCAACCUAUGCAUUCGUGACUUUUCUGAAGAGUUAAUAUUAAAAUGUAUUUCGUGCGGCGUUUGGUUAGUUGUGCUGGGAUCUGAGCGGUACUUUCACAAAGUAUGGGCUCAGACCCCAGCUAUCUGCCGAUCUAUCAUUUGGAAUAAUGUCACGAGUAAAGUAUAAGUUACAGAUUUUUAUGCGAAAAGCCGGUUCUGCUGUACGGAGGGAUAAUUCACUUAGCAGGAUAUUCUUGUGGGAGUAUCCCUCUCGUACAGCAGGGCAUGGUAGGAAAAAUGUCCUGCAUGUUCAGUUCCCCAUGUAGUCCUCAACUGUGUAACCCCUGUAAAGUUAUUAAGGAAAGCUCUUGCAUGGGGAACCACAUAAAUACUGGAGAUUGUGAAUAAAAACCUCAGUUGACUCCCAGAACUGUUUCAUCCGGUUACUGGGGGGAUUUUGGAUAUUGCCUUCAUUUUCAGUGCUUUCCUUGGAUUACUUUCUUUACCAGCGGAGAUAUUGGUAUUUAAGAUUGCAGCUCCGCUACAAGCCCGAGUGCCCAAACCGCAAUACAUGACAACUUUUUUUUCCUCAAAGUGCCAACAUGGCAAUUAAACCUGAAUACUGAGGUUUAAGUUUAGAAAAAACAAUUCGUACAGUUGUCCGAAUUGAUUAACACCUUUUGUUUUAAAAGAAGAACACAACAGAGAGUUCAAUGAUACAAAUUUUAAAUAAUGAUAUAAAUAGAUAAAAUUAAGCUUAAAUUUAUUAGUAUCUCCAACAAAUGGAAUACACACACACACACACAGUACUGUGUGUGUGUGAGGGGGUAGGGAUGCUGUGUGUAUGUGCGUGGGGGGGUAGGGGUUCUGGCUGUGGGGGCAGUAGGGGUGCUGGCUGUGGGGGAGGGGUGCUGGUUUUGGGGGGUAGGUAAAAAAAAAAAAUGCUAAAUCUGUAUCCCCCUCCCUCCUUCUUACCUUUGAUGAAGGAAGGGGGGACACAGCCAUCCCUGGUGGUCCGGUGGUGGUAAGUAUGUAGGACAGGAGGACAGGUCCUGCAGCUCUCCUGUCCUCCUGCGCGAUGCUGUGUGGAGCGUUGCCAUGGUAACGCGCGGCAACUCUCCACACAGAACAAAAGCCAAUCACAAUACUUUCACAUAGGAAAGUAUAGGAUUGGCUGAGCUUGUCAAGGAAGCAGAUCAGGGGCAGAGCCAGCACAAGCCAAACAAUCAGCAUCUCCUCAUAGAGGGUGGAGACACUGAAUGGCAGUCACACUGUUCAGCACUGCCCCAGGAAGCACCUCUAGAAGCCAUCUGAGGAGUGGCCAGUGGAGGUAUCCUUAGGCUAUUUAAUUUAAACACUGCAUUUUCUCUGAAAAGAAAGUGUUUACCUCAAAAAGCCUGAAAGGAAUGAUUAUACAAACCAGAACAAAUACAAUAAGCUGGAUCACUCUUCCUUACUGUCUUACAUACAAAUGAAAGGGUGAGCAGUCAAAGUUCUGCCCAUCUUUAGUGUGUGUUGUGACACCUUAUUUCGGUUCAUUAGUAAAUGUUUAGGGUGUCCCUAUAUAUAAAAAUGCUUAACCCUCUUGCUUACUAUGCAUAUCCCCUGUCUGGAGUUGUUAUAUCAUGUGCAGAGUGCAUCGACCUGACAUUUUGUUAUAGACUGCCAAGUGACUGCAAAGACAUAUUGAGACACAGAUGUUUUUUGUUUUUUAUUUUUAUGUGACUCAAGUCAAGAUGGCUGCCCCCAGUAGGUAGGAAUGAAUGGUGCCACAUGCCUUUGAUUACUCUAAUAACCAUUUUAUCUGCACACUAAUAUCCUAAUACAAACAAUCACAUUUUUUCCAUUUCUCCUUGGUGCAUGAAGAAUACAUCCAUUUAUCAUUCAAGGAAAUAUUCAACAUGGCCUCGGGAUGGCAAGGAUUCAUUUCCGGUAAAGAGAUACCGUGCAAAGGUGAGAUUAUUGUGAAGAAAUGUCUCAGGUUUGGUAAAAUUUAGAGUUUUGAUCGACAUGAUAAUGGUGCAAACGUUGUAUGGAACUGGCAUGGAGAGGGGAGAAUACUGUAUUUGGAACUAUAAAAGAGAGGAGAAGCAUCCUAUAAUGGGGAUGCGUCAAGUAAUGAGAUAUUUGUCUUAUAAAGACAUGGGCCACUUUGACACACAAGUAAAAUGACCCCGUAUGAGAUACAUAUUGUUGGUUAUGGUUAUGGAAGGAGAGUCUCAGGCAUUUUUCUAUUCUCAUUUAGGGAAGUAUACACAUUAUAUGGUGUAAUUUCAUUUCUUCAUACACUUUAUUCACACAGUUUUUGUGAAGAUUUAUAUAUAAUUUGUAUUCACUAAAAUAUUAAUCUCAGGAGUUAUUAUCGUGGCUCCAUACAGUUGUAUUAAGGGGAAAAUGUCAGCGAUAUCUUGAACAAUGAACUCUUGAACAAUUGUUUAAUUGACAAAGGGAUUCAUAUAUCAAGCCAAAAUACAUAAUUUUUCCACAAGACUUGUUUUGGAGUCAGAAGAACUGAAACCAUAGCAAAAAUUAAAGUGAUCUGAGAAGGAAAAACCAGGGUCUUACGUUUAAAGCAGCUUUGUCACUGUGCAAGGUCUUUGCAUAAUUUGCAGACCCCCGACGGUGACUGCUUUGCUGGGUGUUCAGUGGCCACUGGGUGCAGGAAAAGGUAAGUUAUACUUACCUCAUCCUAUCCCUCACGUCUGCAGCCAUGGUUUUCCUGCUGGUCCUCCUUAGCUCUUGGCACAUCAGCUGCCGGAAGCCCACAUCAGUGUAUAACGCUAGUAUCCUCCAUAGAAAUAUUUUUUUUCACUACAGCCGUAACUAGUAACCACUGGUGGAGAUAACAAGACUUGACAAAGGUAGCUCUCCCGUCGGUCAAGUUUUGACAUGUGUAAUAAAAUGCACACAAUAGUCAAUGUAGUCCCAAAUUUAUCUUAGCAUAUCUUUUGACUGGAUUGGAAUUUCUGUGAAAAUUCCAACACAGUCAAUGUUAGUACAGACAUACCCCGCUUUACAUACAUUCACUUUACAUACACUCACGAGUACAGACAUGCCCUCGACUCUUCUGUUUGCGUGUGAACAGUAAAUGGAAGAUUCUAUUCUUGCCCGGAGCAGCUUAGUUCAGUGUCAUUGGGGCAAGAACUUUUCAUACCUUCUGACAUGGCACAGGUUAAUCAUCUCAAAUUUAUAAUGCCUACUCCUAGCUGAACAUAUAUAUAUAUUUGUUCUGCCCUACAUUGUCCAUAUUCUGCAAUCAGCUGCCAUCCAGUAAAAGGGUUUACCCAGUGGUGUAUUUAGGAUUUGUGCUGCCCUAUGCAGGAUGGUGCUCGGGCACCCCCCCUAAUUUAAAUUUUACACACCCCUUCCUGUCAAGGCCCGCACUUUGACUGACAGACGCUCACUCACUGGCAGACGCACACUCACUGACAGACGCAUACACUCAUUGACAGACACACACUCUCAUAUACACUGACAAACAAUGACAUACACACACACACUAUUACUUGGACACACACUGACAGACGCACACUCACUGACAGACGCAUACACUCACUGACAGACACACACUCUCAUAUACACUGACAAACAAUGACAUACACACACACUAUUACUUGGACAAACACUGACAGACGCACACACACUGACAGACGCACACACUCACUGAAAGACUCAUGCACUCACUGACAGACUCACGCACUCACUGACUGUGGCAAAACCAACCUCGCCACUAUGUUCUGGAGAAGCCUGGUUGCCCGCCUGCUACCUCUGGACUAUGGCCCAGUGUUAAAAACCUUUAUUUCUCCCUACAGAAAGGCUUGUUCGUGCCUUUUUGCCAGGGUGUUCGGUAAAUUCAAUUUACCAAACAAACGCAUGAAUGACCGUACCACCUGGGUAUGGAGUGUGCAGGCAAUUGAUCUCCCAGAAGCUGCGGUUAACUACAGCUUAAUUGCCGAAUGCUGGUUGGCCGUUGUUCGUAUAGCCGAACACGUGGCAGCGGCCAUCUUAAACUGCCGAAUGGCCAGCGGUGUUCAGCUACAAAACUGCGGAACUAAAAACGGACACUUAUAUUCACGAACACCGCUGAGCCGCCGACCUCCCUCCUCCUGCAUUUAUCUGAACGCCAGUCCAUUCGUUACUUUCUCUGUGUGAACAGUGCUACCCCAGAUAGCUAUGUCAUGGAGCCCAUUCGUAUAAUGAAAGACUAUGUGAAAGACUUUGGCUCCAUGGCGAUUAAACUGUAUAUAUGUGAUCUAAGCACCAUUCGGUAAUAAUGUGCGCUCAGAUCUAAGCUAUCUGGGGAUAUGUUGAACGUAUAUGUUUUAUGCAGUAUUUGUAACAUUGUGUAUUUUUAGGUAUUUUUGCUAACAUGUGUGCAAUGGAGUUUUGCCUCUAUCCUUGGAGAUAAUUUGAUUACUUCCCAAUUAUCUCCAGGAUAGAGAGGAGGGAUUAUACUGUACUAGUGGGAGUGUUUCACUAUGUAUGUCUGUGAACGGUCACUGUGCAAUUUGUGUCCCAGACUUCCACCAGGUUCCUAGGAUAGUGUCCACCUGGUGGAAGAUGUGCAUAAAUACCGGGCAGGUAGCCCCAUUAAACCAGAACUACUUGACCCUCUAACUUGCAGCCUUGACUCAUGUUUGUAGGGGACAGGUAUAAUCACUACAGGGAUUGCUAUGCUCUUCAUACUCCCUUAGCUACUGAGCUCUUGUAAGAGCUCUUGUUACUGAUCCUGCUUCGCUCUACAGAAGGAAGAGGUUCACCCACUGGAACCUGGAGCCUGGUUAUAGGUCCAGGGUGGAUUGCAGAUGACGAGAUACCAGCCCAGCAGCGGUGGUUCGUAGAGUCUGCAGUGCUUAUGGUGUCGGUGCAGUACUUAUGGUGUCUACGGUGCUGAUGGUCCUUUGGUGAGCGCUAGGAGCAUUCUUUCUACGCUCCAACUUCCAGCAAGCCUGGAGGCAACCGUAACACUGACCGACACGCACGCACUCACUGACCGACACACACACACACUUACAGACACGCACACACACAUUCUCUUAGACACACACACUUACACAUACAUACACACAUACACACACACACACUUACAGACACAUACACAUUUCUCCCAACACUCACAAAUGAUUAUUUUUAUUUUCUUUUAAAUCCACCCAGCCUCCCUUGGAGAGCUGGAGUGGAUUACUCACCUGUCCAAUAGGGCUGCUGGGCGGGCGGGCAGGCAGGCUGCAGAGUAGGCGGCGAGGGAACUUUAAUCUUUCUGCUUAGCUCCCUAGCAAGCCGCUUAGUGCCGGGAACCGGUCUGAUGUCAUAUUCCGGCUCCCGGCUUCAUUAAGCGGCGCGGAGGGAGCUGAGCAGGAAGAGCUCAGGUGAGUAUGCUCCCUCACUGCCCGCCUCGGGGAGCUCAAAAAUGGCCAGCAGGCCAGCUUUUGAGCCCCCCAAGGACACAAAGCAAGCAAGGAGUCGGCCUGGGUGUUUGGGGGCAGCUUUUUUUUUUUGCCACCCCUGCAAAUUGCCGCCCAAGGCAGAUGCCUAGUUUGCCUUGUGGAAGACACGUCCCUGGGUUUACCCUGGCAUUUUCUAUAACUAUGACUUAGCAGCUUUGCUGCAUUAGCCACAAUUCUGAGGAUUCAAAGUUAAAUCAUAAAUGCUUUAAGUGAUGAGGAGGUGUUUUUAAACAAAGUGUGCAACUAAGCUGCUAAUAAAUACAAAUUGGUACUGUAUUGGCAGUAAAUGGCUCAGUGGGCCCAUUUUACUUUUCAUCCCAGUUUAAGGUUUUCAGAUGAGUAAAACAUUAAAGAUAAAUGGCACAAUCUGGAAUGAGAUUUUUUUUUUUACUGUUUUUUUUAACUGAAUAAAAGUCCACUGGAAAUCACUAAAUAAAUCACUGGAAAUAAAAUCACUGGAAAUCUGCAGUUGCAGUAUCAGUUAUGCCUGUAAAUUACUAUUACAAUGCAGUACAUUCAAUUGGGAAGUGAAAAAAGGUAUUGCUUCACUUUAAGUACAUUUUCAUUUUACAUACAUGCUCUGGUCCCAUUGUGUACUUAAAAGUGGGGUAUGCAUGUAUUUCAUUAAAAUGUUAUCUUUAUAAAAUACUGAUUUUGGAGGAGUGGAUUGCUGCUUUAAUUAAGUCAGUAAAGUAUUGCCUAUUGAAAUGGUCAUAUCAAAUGACAUGGAAUAUAAACUAAAUAUUAUACAUCUUUAGCAGCAGAAACUGAAGUCAUAUUCUGAAACAGGGUUUAAUAUUUCAGACACUAUGUUUGUAGGUACUAAUAUAAAUUUCUAGAAUUUUUCAUGCAGCUUUGGCAAUUUAAGUUGAUUCAUUGCUAUCAUGCAAGUAAAUGCAUUGCCGUAACACGUCAUUUUAUCAAAUUCACUUGCCUUUUAUUUAAUCCACAGGCAUUAUGACUAUCUGAAAAAUGGUUAAUAUUUUAUUUUUUAUUUUUAAAUAUGAACAGGAAGAAAACAACUCUGAUUAUAGAGUUAGGAAGUACGCUCAUGCUGUAUGCAGAAUCCAUUAAAGAAGCACUCCAGAAAUUGUGACCACUACAAUCUGCUGUAGUGGUUGUGAUACCAGGAGUGCCCUACAUCCCAAAUCAUUUAUAGUUUGAUGGGGGAUGGGGCCUGGCUGCUGGAAAAGAGAGCUGCAUGGUGUAAGAGCUUCUCUAACUUUGAAGGGAAUUUAGCCCUAAAAGCAAACCUGUUGGUGUAUUGCUGGCAGCUAACAGUCCUUUCCUUGCUGCCUGAUAUGGACUGAAAUUUAGCCACAUACUCGGGUGUGACCCGUGUGAGACACCUCCUCUGCCUGCUGGAUGGCUUGGGACAGGGAGGCGGCCGAUCUCUACGAGCACCUACCUGGACAUUGUUCCUCUCCCCCUUUGGGUCUCCAGGGGUGAUCCCAGCUUACACUGACAGAGUCAGCUUCUCAUGUGGCCUGACACAGAGGGCUUGCAAUUAUCGACACACAGCACUUAACGGAUGAGCACUUAAUGGCUGACAAACCUGUCUCAAGCCACAGCUUGACUUGUGGAGUCUGAGGCCUCAGAGGGCUGAGGAGCAACCACCGCUCACAGUUACUGGAUAAGAUGGUGCCUGACAAGUGGGGCCAACUAUCUCACCAAACACAGUCUGUCACUCAACCCCAGCACAGCUCCCACGCCCGGUGUCACGAAUAAUAACCCAAAAUGCAGAAUAAUAACCCUCCUAUAAAGAUAUAGAUAAUACCGAAUAGCGAUGUGCAUGGGCAAAAAAAUUUGGUUCGGAAAUUCGGGCAAGUAAGAAAAUUCGUCACUUUGGCAAUUCAACACUUCGGCACUUCUGAAAUUCUGGACUUCGGCAAUUCGGAACAUCUGUAGGGCUCCCUAACCCUACCCCUGUCUUCAUUCACGUAAUUUUCCCUCCCUCUCUUGUUUUGCCACUUUUUAGAAAUCCGAAGCACUUUGACACUUCUGAAAUUCGUCACUUUGGCAAUUCGGCACUUCGGUUUGGAACUUCGUAUAUUCGGCAAUUCAGCACUUCGGACAUUCAGAAGCAUCCGGAUGUCUGAAUUGCCCAAAAUUUGUCUGAGUUCACAUUCGGAAUGAAACAAAUUGCACAUGUCUAAUACCUAAACCGUAGAGACGUACUGGAUACCGCACUCAUCAGGUAACGCAGGUGCUCUGAAACCAAGGCUGGCCAGGGCUCCCUUCCAAGAAAUGCAGAAAACAUAACGGUUCAGGCACUCCGGGAUAACAAAAAAAAAAGCUUGACAAAGGCCCUGUAGGGUCGAAAUGUUGCUAUUUUUGCACCAAUAAAGCUAAUACCUAAACUGGUCAUUAGAGUGGCCGGGCUAAUAGGUAAAACAAAGAAUAGUAAUGACAAACUAGCCAAAGUCAAAGGGAACAAGAGAAACAGAGUAGUCAGGGAAAAGCUGAAUCAAUAUCAAUAUAGCUCAAAACCAAAAAGGAACGCACUAUUGGGACGCUAGUAAACUAGGAACCACAACAGGGCACAGAAACAUGGGCCAAAUUAGUUUUUAUAUGUUUGGGGGUGUUAUUGAUGUAGUCACACCCCCAAAACGCGAGAGGGCAUUGGUAAACUCCGUCCACAGUAUGUCUGAUAGCCUGAUGUCGUCACUUUUACACCGUGUCAUAAAAAGGGUUGUGCACCAUGUCAUAAAAAAGGUUGUUCGCACAUCAGCUGGUGUCCAGAAGACUACAUGAUCAUGUAAAAGGGUCGGAGGAGGUGACUAGCCAUGGACCCGGUGACAUGGUGACGUCAGGCUCAUAUCAGCCCUCAAGAUCCUGGAGACCCAAAGGGGAGUCCUAUGAAGAGGAGUCUGAUACAUUUUCUGGACUCUACCUCUGCACCCAGUUAAUUUCUGGUGUAGAGAGUUUUCCUUUUUUCCUUUUUCUUUAUUUUGUACCAACACUAUGUCAUCUAAGCUGAUGACUAAUGGAGCUUGUGAGAGAUACAAAAGAAUGUCUGAUUUGCAGUAAGCAUUUUACUGAUGUAUUAGCUGAUGUUCAUGAGUUAUGUUUUGCCUAGUUACGCUUCUGCUAAUAUUUGUUUUGCUACCAGUUGAGUGAAUACUGUCCCAAGUUAGCAUUUAUAUUUAUUUUUUACUUUUUUUUUUACAAAUAAAGUGCCCUUUCACAGAUGAGAUCAUCAGCAUUAUAUGUUUUACUGCUCUAAAACACUCAUAUUUGUGUCCAGUGAUGUCUCACAAGCACAACAGUACACCUCAUGUCAAGGUUUCAUGGGGUUUUGGAAAGUUACAGGGUCAAAUAUAAGACUGGUCCAUUUCUGUUUUUACACUUUGAAAUUUGCCAGAUUAGUUAUGUUGCCUUUGAGACCAUAUAGCAGCCCAGGAAUGAUAAUUACUCCAUCAUGGCAUACCAUUAGAAAUAUUAGACAUCCCACGGUAUUUACAAUGGGGUAUGUCCAGUCUUUUUUAGUAGCCACUUAGUCAGAAACGCUGGCCAAGGUUAGUGUUCAUAUUAGAUUUUUUUGCAUUUUUUCACACAAAAACUGCACUUUCACUAAUGAUAUCAUCGUUGUGAUACAUUUUACUGUUUUGAAACACUAAUAUUUGUGUUCAGUGAAGUCUCUCGAGUACAACAGUAUCCUCCAUGUACAGUUUUUAGGGUCUUUUGGAAAAUUACAGGGGGUUAAAUAUAGGUCUUGCAAAUUCAAUUCUCUGCUUUCUUCCUGGGUUGUUAGGCAGGUCCCUCAAAUUUUAAUUAAUUAAAUUAGAAUUAUGUAUUUAAAUUCUAUGUGUAUAUUUAAGAAGAUAUUUAUAUAAUUACACAUAUUUAUAUAUAUAUAUUUAAAGUAUUUUAAUUAAUUUAUAUAUAUAUAUAUAUAUACAUAUAUAUAUAUAUAUAUAUAGGCAGUCCCCCAGAAGCGGAGUACAGCGGAGGUGAGUAGAUCAAUGUUGCAAGCCGUUACAGCGUUCCAUGCCGUUGCAAUGGCUUUAAUGCCCAUUCAAAUGCGGACUGCGUGGAACUCCGUAAUAGCACGAAGGGAUUAAAAUGAUGUGAUUCACUUUGCUCAUUCAGCUGACAUGGCAUUGGAUGACAUUCGCUAUUCACUAUUUCUAGUUUUUAAUUAAAUGCCAACUAUUUUAAAUUUUCAUAUUUUUUAAUUCUUAAUUCCACUGUGGAAUGAACCAGGCAACGCACAUGCUUGAGCCUCUAAUGCUGAUUUUUUUCUGAUAUUGUUCUAGAUUUUGUUGGACCUUGCUCAUCUCUCAAUAAAACAUUGACCAAAAAAAAAAAAAAAAAUAACUUGUGAAGGUACUCUAAUUUGGCAAUUUCCCUCCCCUAUCCUCACCCCUAUUUAGUAAUUUUGACAUCAAUCUGGCUAUUCCAUUUUUGUUUUCUAACUUUUUGUGGGUUAAAUCACUAAACACCAAAUUGCAGAGAAUUGAAUAACAAAUUGCAACAUUUAGUGCAAAAAGUUAAAAAAAAAAUGUUUUGAAUUCUCCAGCGGGGUGCUGGAGAAUUCAAAACAUUUUUUUUUUACUUUUUUAUAGUCACUGCUUGGUUCACCACAAUUCACUGGUAUAUUAAAGGUAGCCUUCACUGAACAAAUAAAUACAUUAAUAUUAAUUAAAUUAACUAUUUAGGAAAUAUUCCCCCAAUUAAAAAAAUGCAUUUAUUUAAUAAUGCUUUUUUUUUUUUUCAAUGGAGGUUUAUCUAAAAUCAGCUUGCAAAAAUUGCAGUUUCCUUAUCUGCAACCUUUGCAAGCCCUCCCAUUCUAGCCCCACCCAGACUUUCUGUGGCAGUCUAAUCACAGACUGCCCAAUGCAGUUCAAAGAGAAGUCUUUCCAAGGCAGGUGCCAAUUGCUGCCUCUUGGGUUUAGCUCCAGUGAAUUAAACAACCAGGAAGUAACAGGACUUGUUGUCUGAUUGUCCGCUGGGGGUUGUAACAAGAUUCAUUCAUAAAAGUGACACCUUAAGUAAAAUAAAAUAAAAAAUAGGACACACUCUCAUAAUGUAAAGCAUUUUAGCAAGCUAAAGUGCUUUAGGGAUUCGGUCUGUCCCUUUAAAGUGGAUCUGUCAUGCCCCAAACAACUUAAUUACAUUGAGCAUAAAAUUCUAUCUAUACAUAAGUGGAGGGCCAAAGUGCACUAAAAAGCAAUGAGGUGACUUACCCCACGGGUAUAUAUAGAUGUAUUAGGGGUACAUAAAAGACAAAAAGGUACAGAUAUAGUGCAGAUGGUAAUAUACAACAAGUAAUAUGACUUUGUUUGGUCAGAUCACUCACAUUUGAUGGAGCCUACAAAUAUGGGCUCCGUAUAGAUUGCUGAUAUGCUCUUAGGGCAGCAUCGCACCCCUCCUUCAAUCCAAUUUACCCUCCAAGAAAGAAGAGAAAGAAAAAUGGGCCGCCAAUGUGAAGUAUCAAUGAUAUAAAAUGGUUAAAAUAAUAUUGGAUUGAAGGAGAGGUGUGAUUGUUGUAUAUUACCACCUGCACUAUAUAUGUGCCUUUUUGUCUUUUAUGUACCCCCUAAUACAUCUAUAUAUACAUGUGGAGUAAGUCACCUCAUUGCUUUUUAUUGCACUUUAGUGCUCCACUUAGGUAUAAGUAAAUCUUAUCCUAUUUAAAAAUGUUUUUCUUCCAGCUGUCAGUCAAUACCUCAGGGUGCCGAGGCACUGACUCCCAUAGGAGGUCCCUCUGCUCUCCAUACAUAGCAACCACAAUGUAUGCACCGUGAUUGCAAUGGAAACUCCCUAGCCAGUGCUUCGUUCAUUUUUUUCACAACAGUCACACGUUAAGGAGUUAGAGCAACUCACCCAAAAUAGUGUAUUUGUUGGUAAUACUUUUCCUUUGUUUUACAGGAGGAUGUGAUUUGUGGACCAAAUGAAGAAAAAGGAGAGGAAAUGGGACACCAUAGUAACAGCGCUUUCAUAGGGGACAAUAUGCAAGCUUCUGAUUUUAAUAAUAGGUACUUCAAUUGUGUCUGUUUCACAAGUAUUAAUCAAAUUUUUUACAAACCCAAAUCUCGCCAAAAUGUAAAAUUCAGCUGCCUAAAGGGAAACUCCAGGUCCCCUCUCCCUCCCACCCCCCAUUUCAAUGCUUUCCUAUGGGGAAUUGGGGAAUUGAGCGACACUCUAGCACAGGUUUUCUGUGCUAUGAUGCUGGAAGUGCCCUCUAGUGGCUGUCUAGUAGACAGUCACUAUAGGUGGAGUUAACCCUGCAAGUAAUUAUUGCAGUUUAUAGAAAACUGCAAUAAUUACACUUGCAUGGUUAAGGUUAGUGGGAGUUGGCACCCAGACCACUCCAAUGGGCAGAAGUGGUCUGGGUGCCUGGAGUGUCCCUUUAAUAUCUCAAUCCGUAGUUGCACGUCAGAUGUUUUUGGGCUACAACAAACAUUAAGGCCUCAAUUUAAUAUAUUUGGAUACGAUUUUCAACUGAUUUCAUAUUUUUGGAAUAUUAAAAUAUAUGUAAAGAAAAUUGAUCAUAUAUAUAUAUAAAAAAAAUGUAUAAUAUGUAAAAAAUCUCAAAAUAUUCAAAUAAUUUUUUAACUUGCCUAUAUUCCUUUUUUUUAUAAAUGUGCUGAUUUCAAUAUAUAUAUAUAUACACACACACACACAGUAAAUGUUGAGCUUAACUAAUGGUGUUAAAUGUUUUUGAGUAAAUGUUUUAGGAGAUUGAUAUUUUAUUUUUUUAUUAGCUGUGGUUCAUAUGGUUCAGUACAUAUAGGCUUAUUUACUGUUGAGUUUGUAAUCGUUAUAAAGUUAGCACAGCAUGUUGAAAUGUGGCCACUGUUGCAGUCAGUGCCGAGGUGUACUUUACUUGGGAUGGCUCUACUGAUGUUCCUUUGUCGGGUUGAGGAGUGAAAACUACCAAUUUGGACAAGUCACAAACUUGCUCGAUGAGUCAUUUUUGUCAAAAAUAAGCACUUUUUCAAUAUAUUUGGUUGUGACGCCUAUUUGCUUAGUACCUGGUAAGGACUUUUUUUGCUUUGGUUUUCAUAUUUAAAAAGAUGUUUUUGGUGUAUUCUUGCAGUUUGAGAGAGGAGAGGAGGAGGAGAAGAAGAAAGACUUACACCUGA